AAACACAACUUGUGGAGGAGAAGAAGAAGAAGUCGCUGCUGUUCCUGGAGGAGGAGAAGGUGGAGGUGGCGGCUUCUUGUUCGGAGCCGUUUUCAAAAGUGUGAGACAAGUGUCGGGGGAAAGAGAGCAACAGAUGUUUUUCGUGGACCUGAAGCCGGCGGAGGAAUGAAAGCGGCGGCAGCGAGGCACCGGCGACCCUUCCAGCGGUUCUGCUACGGCGGAGUCGGGCUGGUCGCCGUCAUUUGGCUCUUCCAGGUCAUCCAGGCUCCAGAGACGGUGUCCUCUGGGCUGCAGCCAGGUGUGGUCGGUGGGCCGCUGCGAUGGACACGCAGGUUGAUGCAGGAGGAGAACUCAGACAACCAGAGCCUGGAUGAACCUCGAGCAGCCAUCCACGAGUUUCCAGAGGACAUUUUCACCAAGGAGCAGAGGAAACAUGGAGCUGUACUUCUGCACGCUCUCUGUGCCAUCUACAUGUUCUACGCUCUGGCGAUCGUCUGUGACGACUACUUCGUUCCUUCGCUGGAGAAAAUAUCUGAGAACCUGCAGCUCAGUGAGGAUGUGGCUGGAGCGACGUUUAUGGCUGCAGGAAGCUCCGCCCCUGAGCUUUUUACCUCUCUAAUCGGCGUCUUCAUCACUAAAGGUGAUGUUGGAGUCGGCACAAUCGUGGGCUCGGCUGUCUUCAACAUCCUGGUCAUCAUCGGGCUGAGUGGGAUCUUUGCAGGACAGACGGUGGUUCUGACGUGGUGGUCUCUUUUUAGAGAUUCAUGUUUCUACAUCCUGUCUGUACUGGCGCUCAUCGUGGUUAUCUAUGAUGCCAGAGUUGUUUGGUGGGAGUCUCUGCUCCUCAUGGCCAUGUAUGGGAUCUACAUUUUAAUCAUGAAGUUCAACUCCCCGAUUUCGGUGUUUGUGAAGCGUCAGGUUAGGAGCCGAGCGCGAUGCUGCCGCCGAUCAGAGGGAAGAGAAGAGAACAGGAUGGGAGACGAGGCCGCACCUUGUAACACCUCACUGGUGCUUUUAAAYGCAGGGCAAGGCCACGGUCAGGAGCCUCCCCCCGUCAUCAUGGUAGAUGAGCUACUCAUCCUCAACCCCCACAAACUCUCCUUCUCAGAGGCAGGCCUGCGGAUUAUGAUCACCCCCCACUUCUCGCCGCGCACCAGGCUCUCCAUGGCAGGACGCAUGGUCAUCAGCGAGAGGCAGAGGCUGAUCAGGAGUUCCAAACACCAGCGGGAUGGCGAGGCCGCUUCAGGGUCAAGAAAGUGUUCACUUAGUACCAGCCUGAAGAGGGCGGGCUCCUGUAGUCUGGAGAACGGAGGCGGGAGACCGGGAAUAAGAGACGAGGAGUCUCGWAACAAACUGGGGGUCGAGGCGAGCCAGCCRGAGGAAGAGGARGAAGAUGAAGAUGGGAACUUUAGUCCGGUGCACAUGCCAGGCAGCUGGUCUGCUCGGGUCAGGUGGGUGAUCACCUGGCCUCUGGGCGUCCUGCUCUACUGCACUGUGCCUAACUGUGUGCWGCCACGCUGGCACCGCUGGUUCAUGGUCACCUUUGUGGCCUCCACCCUGUGGAUCGCUGUCUUCUCCUACCUCAUGGUGUGGAUGGUCACCAUCAUCAGCUUUACAUUAGACAUCCCUGACUACAUCAUGGGUAUAACCUUCCUGGCAGCAGGAACCAGCGUACCAGACUGCAUGGCUAGCCUGAUUGUAGCUCGACAAGGCUUGGGGGACAUGGCAGUGUCUAACUCUAUAGGCAGCAACAUCUUUGACAUUCUGCUGGGGUUGGGUUUCCCCUGGGCUCUGCGGACCCUUGUGGUGGACCACGGAUCUAUAAUUUCCAUAAAUAAUAAAGGACUUGUAUAUUCUGUCAUCCUGCUGCUGGCAUCAGUGUUUCUGACUGUGUUGAGUGUUCAUCUGAACCACUGGAGRCUGGACCGCUGGCUGGGUCUGGGUCUGCUGUUUCUUUAUGCUAUUUUCCUUUUUUGCUCCAUCCUUUUUGGACAGAUGUAAAGGCCUUAAGGCCAAAAGUCCACCUCAUCGGCUGACUCACCUGAUAACUCCCUCUCUACCACACGUCUUCUUCCUUGAAGCCAAAAAGCAACAAAAAACAAGAUUGUUGUCUUCAUGUGAGAUUUUCUGUGCACCUCUGUAGGUCUCAUGGUGAUGAUGUCCACRAACACAUGUAUUUUAGGAGGUUAUUGUCCUUUUGUACAGUGCUGUGAUUGAGAAGUCUUUACGUUUCAAAAACACUGAAGCAAUAGUUCUGUUCUUUGAAAGUGGGGUUCUGUAAAGGUUAGUUUUUUUAGACUAGCUCUUAGCUUAAAUAUAAACACUAAAUCUUGGAAUAGUUGCCUACGGYAGGUAAGAUAGUAAUUGUUCAUAACCUUUUACAGGAUCCCACAACCAUAGAUCUGAACUUUUUUUGUUUCUUUUACCAACAAAGCAGAUUAAUGCAGCGRGGUAAUUAGGCCUUUAAAAGCAAAACUAUAAAAUAGUUUUUCUGUUUUGUCAUUUUAAACCCAAAACUUGUAAAUGUUUUACGCCAAAUAAUUUCUAAACAAAAAAAAAAGUUUUGUUUAGAAUUAUGAACAAUUAACUGGGAAUGUUUGAUUUUAGGCCCUUUCUGCUAACAUCGUUUUCAAAUCAAAGUUCAAAUUUUCUCACUAAAUCUCCAUGUUAGCUUACCGGMUAGCACGCUAUUUGGGAAUUAAUCCUGUCAGUAUUUCAUUACAGCAGCCAUUACCUCUAAUUUUACUAUUUAUUUAUCAUUCUGAAGUGUGUCCAGCUGCAGCUGAUUAAAUUAACUAAAACUCACAAUUCAUCAUCAUUACUACAAGCACAAGUCAUCUUUAUUGAAUAGACAUUACUAACUAGAACAUGGUGCUGAACAGACCGUCGGUGGAGUGUUUUUUAUUUAAAUAGCAGCACUAAUCUAACAGCAGGUUUUGCACAUUUGCUGAUUAAUGCGGAUGUAAAAUAUCAACACAAACAAAAUAAAUACAGGAGUUUGCACGACUCAUCAAAAGGCACAGGAAACAAAAACUACUGCUGUCAUGUUUGGGACUACUUUUUCCAACAGAUGUUUUGAUUGUACACCCUCACUGAUGUCUUCAUCAGUGUGAAGAUUAAAACACGUUUUAUUGUAACAAUAUUUAGGUGAUUCRGUUUAACGACUUCAAACCAGGAAGUACUCCUGGAUGAAGAUAAUCAAGUAUUUCUUUAUUACAUAGAUUUACAGGUUGAUAAUAUAUUUUAUGUUUAUGUACGACAAUCAAUGUGAUAAAUGUUUGAAUUUUUUACUUUACCUUUGAUGGUACAUGAAGUUAAAGACGCAUUAAAUGCAGAUUAGAAACACAUUUCUGUUUUAAGGUAAAUAGUUCUGCGUUUACUACAUUCAUUUCCUUUAGUUAAUGAGGAACAAAAUGUUGAACAAUUCGGGCACAUACUAGUUUUUGUUUUAUGAAGAAACCUAAAGUGUUUGGUAUUUUUGAAUAUUAGAUCUGUGAAUUUUACAUUUCAUCAAAGGGAUCCUGGGAUUUAUUUUUUGUUUCUUCCAGGUGGCCGUACAUUUGUCUGUCUGAUGAUACUUUGUAAUGUUUAUAAUUAACUUAGUUUUACAAGAAUGAAUGUCCUUUAGGCUUGUUCUGUGGUAUUUUAACUUUUUUUUAAAGAAUGAUGUAAACUUUUUGUGAAUUAUUGUAACUAAAUGAGCGCUUAUUUGUAAAUGUUCAGCGGACUAUGAAAGCUUUAAGUCAGUUUGUCUUUCAGCAUUUAGAUUUUCUACGUCUUAAUGUAUUCACCGACAUGCUUAACUUUAUUUUAUCAAUAGAAACUGAAAAUUUAAUGAAAAUGUGAACCAAAAAGGCCAAAAAACUGCUUUAAAAGCUACAGGAUUCCUUCUUUAUUCAAAUUUGAGCUUAAAAAAAUAAUUUCUACUUUGAUCUGGAUGUUUAAUUUAAUUAGAGAUGUGAGGAAUGAAAGUAGUUAGUUUUUAUUAAUUUAAUGUGCUAUAAGUGUUUUUUAUCCUUACCUGCAGCAGAAGUAGUCUUACCCUCCUUGUUUUUCCAGCAGACGACUCAGUGUGAACGUUUUUUCAGCUGUCAGGAAACUCUUAGAACCCUCCUGAUCUAAAUCUGGCAAUAUUAAUAAUAAAUCCAAACAGCUGAAGUCCGUUCUCCAAAUAAUGUUUCAUUUCUUCUGCUGUGAUGUUGGGGCUAGAKGAUAUUUUAGAAUAAAUCUUACUGCUUUACAGAUUGUAUUGAUUGACCCUUAGCAGACUGUUGUAUCUUGAGUGCAAUAAAAAAGUGCAAUAACUGAUA